UGCUGACAUCAUUUUGAAACACGCGGAUCCCGGAGCUUGGAGCAUCGACGGAUUUGCGCUUGCUCCUCAACUUCAACUUCAACUUCAACCUUCUGCCGUUUGCCGUUUGCACGACCUGUUUCUCCCUUUAGUACCUAGGUACUCGCCUAACUCAAUUCACCCCCCGAACAACACGUCUUUUAAUUCAUUCAAGGUAGAUAGAUUAAUUACCUAGCCAUGGCCUCCCCGCCGACCACCGUCGCCCUACGCUCCCCCUCCAAAUACGCACCCGCCCCGCCGCCGACCUUCUCCGCCCCGCCCCUCGACUGGCUCCUCCGCACCUGGUCCGUCACCCACUCCACGCUCUCCAUGUGGCGCGACGCCCGCAACGUGCGCAUAUCCUACGCCCCCCUCGACCCCAAGCCCGACGGCGCCGCCCGCGUCGACGACCUCGUCGAGUACGAGUCCAACAAGAACCCCCCGGGCACCGGCGGCGUCAAGUCCGUCCGCGGCGUCGACACGGCCUCGAGCCCCGCCGACACCACCGCCUGGGACUGGCGCGGCAAGGGCUGGCUGUUCUUCGUCGGCAGCCACUGGGAGGUCCUCGGCUGGGGCGAGCGCGAGAUCCCCGGCGGCGAGAGGGAGAGGUGGGUCGUCACUUGGUUCGCGCCUACCGUCUUCACCAAGGAGGGCGUCGACGUCUACUGCGACCGCAGGGAGGGUCUGAGCGAGGAGGGGUAUCGCGAGGUGCUGCAGGCGCUGAAGGGGCUGGACGCCGAGGCCGUCGUCCAGAUGGUGGAGAAGGAUAUGUUGCCGGUGGAGAUAUCUCUGCCAUGGAAGGAGACUUGAGUGUGUGUGCAUGUAUUUUUGUCCGUGUUCUCGAUCGGCGGUAUCUGAGGAGCAUGUAUGGUAGAAUAACGGCCUAGCUGGAAUGUAGGGUGUAAUAAGAUAAUGUAAACAUUGGUC